AGCAUCAAGAUCGAGAUCAUCAAAAUCAAGAUUAAGAUUACCUGUGUUUUCUUAAGAAAAACCGGCCAGCUUCUGUGCCUGUAAUACCCACACUGGACUACCCCAGGGCUCUUAAGGAUCUGUAGAUCUUCGCUGGCCUAACAUCAACAACAACAACAGUUGUUAUGCAUAAGUGGAGAGAGAGAGAGAGAGAGAGAGAGAGAGAGAGAGAGAGAGAGAGCUGCCUCUGAGUUCACCCCACCCACCCCGGAUGUGGUGCCAGGAGCCAUCUUCUGUCGCCCAGAGUGAAGAGGUUAAAUAUUGAUUUAAAGAUAGCAUUGUGAGGACUAGCUGUGUGUGGUGUGUCGGUGAGGUGUUGUUCAGCAACAGCAACAACCAUGGGGUUCAGAACACAUGCACAGUUUUUGGCUCGGACAGUGCUGGUGAAAAACAACAAUGUUGAUGAAGGCAUGCGUGUCAUCAACAGGAUAAUGUCAAAAGAAGGCUUAUUUGAGCGGUACAGAUUAACAAGGUUCUAUGAGAAACCAUACCAGACUCGGCGGCGCAUCAACUAUGAGAAGGCCAAAGCAAUAUACAAUGAGGACAUGAACCGCAAGAUUCAAUUUGUCAUGAGAAAGAACCGUCAUGAUCCGUGGGUGGGGUGUGCGUGAGGCAUCCACUGCUGCUGAAGGUACCUACAUAAGGGUCCCUAACAUUUAGGUUUGCACACAUUUAAGGGCUCCUCCAUUACCUUUAAAAAGCUGUAGUUGAAGUAACACAAGUUUUAAUGUUUCUAGUGACAAAUUAACAUUUCUACAUGAAAGCAAAGGUCUGAGAAGGAGACCAAGGAGGAGAGAAAAGGAAUAUUACUGAUGCAAAGUGUAACAGGCACAGAGUAAAAAUAUAUGAGAAAAAAAUUACA